AUGGAUUUCCAGCGUUUCUCACCCCCAAUGAUGGCUGCAACUGAUGACCGAGUAGUAUUAGAUCUUAGAAACUAAAAGUAUGAAAAUUUAGCUCUAUAAAAUCCUUAAGAUGAGAUGGAUACUGAUCAAUUCAACAUGCAACUUAACAAUCCUGGAGACCAACCGAACCCCGAAAGAGAUUUAAACUUUAUUGCUUUUGACAAUUACCAGUUCUAAGAACAUUUUAAUGGAACUGCAGUUCAAACUUAUUUCCAUAUCAACGAAAAUGCUGAUAUGAUUACUUAAGAUACCAAUCAAGACAAUGCACUCUGA